UUCCAUAAACACAGUCCGUACCCGUUUAGGAAACUACAUACAAUUCAAGUAGGCCCAUCCCAUGUUCUCUCCGGGUACCGCUUCAAAAACGAACAUUUUUUUCAAAAUUCGGAGCCAAAUUAGGGUUUAACCAUUUUCACCAACCAACAGUUGCUAAGUGCUUGGCUCUCCUGAUUACAGGGAAUUCUAGUAUAAUUUGGGGGACCCAGAAUUUGGAAUCUUGAGCAAGGGGAUUAGAUUGCAAGGGACUGUCGAUGGACGAGUAUACUACUCCUCUGAAACGGAAACAACUGGAAGAGAAUUCAGAGAACAAACAUGAUGUUCCUGUUCAAGAUUCUGGCUCUAAGAGGCGUACCUUAGCUCGGACAUGUGUGCACGAGGUGGCCGUUCCAAGUGGAUACGACUCAAACAAGGAUGAAUUAAUUCACGGUACCCUAGCAGACCCUGUUUAUAAUGGGGAAAGAGCAAAAACCUACCAAUUUAAGCUCGAUCCCUUUCAGGAGGUUUCUGUGUCUUGUUUGGAAAGAAAUGAGUCUGUUUUAGUUUCAGCACACACUUCAGCUGGAAAAACUGCAGUGGCUGAAUAUGCCAUUGCCAUGUCUUUUAGAGAUAAACAGAGGGUCAUAUAUACUUCUCCAUUAAAGGCUCUGAGCAAUCAGAAAUACAGAGAGUUGAGCCAGGAGUUUUCAGAUGUUGGCUUGAUGACAGGGGAUGUGACACUUUCCCCUAAUGCAAGUUGUUUGGUAAUGACCACCGAGAUUCUCAGAGGAAUGCUUUAUAGGGGUUCGGAGGUGUUGAAGGAAGUUGCUUGGGUCAUAUUUGAUGAGAUACAUUACAUGAAGGACCGUGAAAGAGGUGUUGUUUGGGAAGAAAGUAUUAUCUUCUUGCCUCCUGCCAUUAAGAUGGUUUUUCUUUCAGCAACAAUGUCGAAUGCCACUGAAUUUGCUGAAUGGAUAUGCAAUAUACAUAAACAGCCAUGUCAUGUAGUCUAUACAGAUUUUAGGCCCACGCCACUGCAACACUACAUGUUCCCUAUGGGUGGGUCUGGUUUGUAUCUUGUAGUUGAUGAGAAUGAGCAGUUUAAGGAGGACAACUUUUCCAAACUUCAGGAUACUUUUACAAAGAAAAAUACGAGUAAUAAUGGGAAUAAGAGUGCAAAUUCUAAGUCUGGUGGCAGAAUUGCAAAAGGCGGAAAUGCUUCUGCUGGUUCUGACAUAUACAAAAUUGUCAAGAUGAUAAUGGAACGAAAAUUCCAGCCAGUCAUAAUUUUUAGUUUUAGCAGAAGAGAGUGUGAACAACAUGCCAUGUCGAUGUCCAAGCUUGAUUUCAAUACCCAAGAGGAGAAAGACAUUGUGGAGCAAGUGUUUAAAAAUGGAAUCCUAUGCUUGAAUGAGGAAGAUAGAAACUUGCCAGCAAUUGAAUUAAUGUUACCAUUGCUUCAGCGAGGCAUUGCUGUUCACCAUUCUGGCUUGCUUCCUAUAAUCAAAGAACUUGUGGAACUUCUCUUUCAAGAAGGACUGGUUAAGGCUCUGUUUGCAACAGAGACGUUUGCCAUGGGGUUGAACAUGCCUGCAAAAACUGUUGUUUUCACGAGUGUCAAAAAGUGGGAUGGUGAUAGUCAUCGUUAUAUUGGUUCUGGUGAGUAUAUUCAGAUGAGUGGCAGAGCUGGACGCCGUGGUAAAGAUGAUCGGGGUAUUUGCAUUAUAAUGAUUGAUGAUAAAAUGGAGAUGAAUACCCUUAAAGACAUGGUUUUGGGUAGACCAGCACCUCUGGUCAGUACUUUCCGUUUAAGCUACUACUCAAUUCUGAAUUUAAUGAGCCGUGCUGAGGGACAAUUUACUGCUGAGCAUGUUAUCAGACAUUCCUUCCACCAGUUCCAAUAUGAGAAGACUUUACCGGACAUGGGGAGGAAAGUCUCAGAGCUUGAAGAGGAAGCUGCUGUCCUUGAUGCUUCUGGAGAGGCCCAGGUUACUGAAUAUCAUAGACUAAAGCUUGAAAUGGCCCAACUUGAAAAGAAAAUGAUGGCAGAGAUAACGCAGCCUGAAAGAGUUCUCUCUUUCCUUCAACCUGGUAGGCUGGUUAAGGUCAGGGAAGGUGGAACAGAUUGGGGUUGGGGAGUCGUAGUCAAUGUGGUGAAAAAACCUCCAGCUCCAUCAAGUUCUUUGCCAGCUUCAAUGGCUUCUUCACGUGGUAAUAGUUACAUUGUGGACGCUCUGCUUCACUGCUCUCUAGGAUCAAGUGAAAAUGGUUCUCAGCCAAAACCUUGUCCUCCAAGUCCUGGAGAGAAGGGUGAAAUGCAUGUGGUUCCUGUUCAGUUGCCUCUUCUUUCUGCACUUAGUAAGCUCAAAAUAUCUGUUCCUAAUGACUUGCGGCCAAUUGAAGCUCGACAAAGCAUUCUCCUAGCUGUGCAGGAGCUUGAAAAACGCUUUCCUCAAGGUCUUCCAAAGCUUGAUCCAGUGAAGGAUAUGGGAAUUGAUGAUCCAGAAUUCGUUAAGUUGGCGGACCAAACGGAGGAACUUGAACAAAAAUUGUUUUCUCACCCACUACAUAAGUCUCAGGAUGAUAAUCAGAUUAAAAGUUUCCAGAGAAAAGCUGAAGUCAACCAUGAAAUUCAACAACUAAAGUCAAAGAUGCGUGAUUCUCAGCUUCAAAAAUUUCGUGAUGAACUUAAGAAUCGGUCACGGGUUCUCAAGAGACUCGGCCAUAUUGAUGGGGAUGGUGUUGUUCAGUUAAAGGGGCGGGCUGCCUGCCUAAUAGAUACUGGAGAUGAGCUUCUCGUCACAGAAUUGAUGUUCAAUGGUACCUUCAAUGAUCUCGAUCACCAUCAAGUCGCAGCUCUGGCAAGUUGCUUUAUCCCUGGAGACAGAUCGGGUGAGCAGAUACAUUUGAGAGCCGAACUUGCCAAACCAUUGCAACAGCUUCAAGAAAGUGCGAGAAAAAUAGCAGAGAUACAACGCGAGUGUAAGCUCGAAAUAAAUGUGGAUGAAUAUGUUGAAGCAUCAAUUAGACCGUACUUGAUGGAUGUGAUUUACUGUUGGUCAAAGGGAGCGUCUUUUGCCGAUGUUAUCCAGAUGACCGAUAUUUUUGAAGGUAGCAUCAUUCGGCUAGCUAGAAGGCUCGAUGAAUUUUUAAACCAGUUGAAAGCUGCUGCUCAUGCAGUUGGAGAAGCUGAUUUAGAGGAAAAGUUUGGAGCAGCUACUGAAAGCCUUCGUCGCGGAAUAAUGUUUGCGAAUUCGUUGUAUCUCUAAAGUGUUAGCUGCUUCUUCAAGUAAAUCUUGUUGUUUGCCAUUGUUGUUCCAGAGAUUAGAUAGGUGAUAGUUCUUUGCUAUUAAUUAGCCCACUUAAAGAAAUAUGUACUAGUCCUCAAAUCUAUAUUGUACAACACAAGUGAUUGUGACGAGGGAAAUCGUGAUAUUAUAUGAAUCCCGUUUCGGUUUUGCUGGAUUUUUUUCCAUCA